AUGUAGAAGAAGAGAUUAUCAUCUGUUGAUAAAAAUUUUAUGUCCUCACUAAGGAAAUAUGAGGAGCAUCCUUAGUUUAAGCAUACAAAUACUUAAAAAAAAGAAACAUAAUAAUAAGAACAAUAAUUAUUAAUUUAAGACAUUCAAGCAAAUAUUACAGAUUUAGAAGAUGGAAAUUAUAUGAAAUGUUUUACAAGUAUAAAUCUUAUGUUUAAUGAUCCAAAAUAUUUACUUCGUAAACACAUCACAUUUUAAUUAUUUGUACCUGAAGAAAAAGAUUUGAUUGGGUUUACAAUUUUGAAUAGAAAAGAGAUUUGGAUUUUACUAUUACUUUAUUUUGAUAUAGUGAAUUAGAAUAAGAAUUAAUACGCAAGAUAUCUUUGGUAAAGCAUAGUUAAGAAAAUGACUGAAUAUUUAAAUUAUGAACUAAGAGAGGAAGUUAUUAAUAAAGUCAAAUUUUAUAGAGAAAAGUCUUAAUUAUCGAAUAAUUCAAAUAAAAAAACUAUUAACUAUUCUAAUCAAUAUUUUUUUAUUGAGGAACAUAAUGAUUAAAACUUUGAAGAAAAAGAAUCAAAUAAUAAUUAAAAAGAAAUUUGUUUUGAUAAAUCUUAUAUAGCUACAUUAUCAGAUAAUUCAUUAAAUGAAAGAAGUUAACUUUUAGAAUAGAAUAUAAUAUUUAUGUAAGAUCAAGUAGAUUCUGCAACUAAUGAAGAUGUAUCAAAUUAAGGUCGAAAUAAUAGUUCAAUUGAUUUAAAUAGUGAUUUUGUAGAAAUAACUUAUCAUAAUUCUGGUCUUAAUGAUUUUCAAAUUCCAGAUAUAUCAUUUCAAUAGUAAUCAUAAACUGAAGAUAUGAUAAAGAAUUCUAUGGAUUAAGUAAGUAAUCAGGUAGAAGUUUCUUUGAUAGCAUAAAUGGAAUAAUUGGGUUUUUAAGACAAUUAAUAAUAUGAUUAUAAUUAAUAAUGUGAUUAAUUAAAUAAUGCAGUUAUUGUAGAUAAUGAUGAUGAAAUUCAAGAAAGUUGUUAAAAUUUAGGUAUAGAUUAAAUUAGUUAAGCUUCAAUUGAAAAUAUUAAAAUUCAAGAAUAAUCAAAUGAUUAGUAAAAUUUUAUAGAAGAAAAUAAGAUGACAGAUUUUCUUAAAGAUAUUAAAAUCAAUUAAAUAGAUAAACCAAUAAGUAUUUUAGAUUUUGAAAAAAUAAAUUUUGAAUCAAAUACAAAUUCUGAUUAAUUACUUCAUAAAUCCUAACAAAUGGGAGAAACUCCUCAUUUUUCUAUUAACUAAUAAUAAAGUUUGAAUUAAUGGACAAAUGAAAUUUAAAAGAAUUAAAUUUAAUAAGAAGAAUAAAAAGAGAUUAAAAAAAUGUAAUUUAAAAAUUAUGAGCAAUAGUUAGCCCAUGAAUAAGCUAAAUAAAUUUUAUAAGAUGAUUUAGAACAAUUAACAAUAGAUUCAGAUGAUAAUGACUAAAUUGAAACUAAAUAAUAAGAUAAUGAAAAUAAAAAAAAUUUAUCUAAAAUUGUUAAAAGUGAUAUCAUAAAUAUUGAAAUUAAAUAAUCUUCAAAUAAUAUUAAUUCAAAGUAAAAAACAAUAGAAGAUUAUUUUAAACCAAAGAGUGAAAAUGAUUCUAAAAAUAUUAAUUCUUUUUUGGAUGAAGAGGAUUUUAAAUCCAAAGAAAUUGAAUAUUCUAAUCAUAAUGAAAAAAGAAAAAAGAGUAAAAUAAGUAAAUUAAUGUAAAAAUCAAAUGCAAAUUCUCAAUAAGAUAUUGCAUUUGAAUAUGAUUUAACUUCUUAGUAGCCUCCUAAGUAGAAUUGUUUUGAUUAAUCUCAAGAUAUUGAUUCAAUGUAAUUAUCAAAUAAUAAAAGAAGACGUUCUUCUCACUUUGAUGUUAGAUAUGAUUAAAAUUUUAUGGAUAAAUAUGGAUCAGGUUACAGAUAUGAAAUUCAAAAGGCACCUAAUAGAUUAAAAGAAAAAUAUUAAGUUGAAGAGAUGCUUGUUCCAAAAAGAUCAAGUAAAAGACUAUAAUAUCCAGAAAAGAGUGAUUUAGAAAUUUCAAAAAUGAUUAUUGCUAAUAAUGGAAUCUUAAAUUAUUUUACUCCUGCAGAUACCUAGUCUUAAAAAAUAUCUGAAGAAAUUAUUAAUUAACCUAAUCAUAUAACAUAUUUUACUAUAAAUAAGAAUGAUAAAAAUUAAAUAAUUCUUUUAACAAACAAUUAAGAACAUUUUAUAAAUGAUAUAGUUGAAAUAGAGAUUUGUAUAGCAAACAUAAAUGAUAAUGAAAGUCAUCAUAUAGUUAAGGUAUUAUAAAUCUUUUAAUUAGAUUCUAAGUGGAUAAUUAAAUGGCCAAGUAGCAAUAGCCUAAAUAAAGAAACAAAAUUCAGAAUAAAUUAUUUUUGAAGAUUUCAACUAUUAUAAUAACUAUCUCCAUUAUCAUCUUUAACAAUAAUAAGCUAUCUAUUUACCACUAGGAAGCUAUUUAAUUAAUUAAAAUUGA